UUUAGAAUGUCCCGUUCAAUUAUCAAUGGAACUCAUCUUAAGGUCCAGAAUAAAAGCUCUGACUGAACCGAGUUUGGUUUGAUUGAAGUAGUCCACAAAUCGAACGGCUACGAUCAAUCCUUGAUACAAAACUGCAAAGCACACAGAAAUGCUGGAUAGCUUUCAAGGGAAACACUGUAACGGAGGCGAGCGAAACUAGCAAAGGCAAUAAAGCUGUUCACUGAAGGCAGAAGAGAAUUGAAGAGAAAAGAAGAGAGAGGAAAGCGAAGAUGCAGAGAGUGAAAGCUUUAGUGAAAGCAAGACAUUCAUUUCAAAGAAAUGGGUUCCUCUCCCAUCAUAGAUGUAUCUCUGCUCAGCCAAACUAUGCCCCAUAUGAUGAUUUCCAGGACCAGGUUUUAGUGGAAGGAAGAGCUAAAUCAAGAGCAGCCAUUCUCAAUAGACCUUCUGCUCUCAAUGCACUUACCGCCUCAAUGGCAGCUCGGUUGAAGAAAUUGUAUGAAUCAUGGGAAGAGAACCCCGAUAUUGGUUUUGUCUUGAUGAAGGGUAGCGGCAGGGCUUUCUGUUCUGGUGUUGAUGCUGUUGCUCUCUAUCACUUACUUAAUGAAGGGAAAGUUGAAGAAUGUAAAAGGUUUUUCAUGACACUGUAUAAGUUUGUAUACCUACAAGGAACAUUUCUGAAGCCGCAUGUGGCAAUUUUGGAUGGUAUAACAAUGGGAUGUGGAGCUGGAAUUUCUCUCCCAGGGAUGUUUCGUUUGGUGACUGAUAAAACUGUUUUUGCUAAUCCAGAGACGCAAUUGGGGUUCCAUCCUGAUGCUGGGGCUUCAUUUUAUCUUUCUCGCCUACCUGGUUACUUAGGGGAAUGCUUAGCUCUAACAGGAGAAAAGCUUAAUGGUGUCGAAAUGAUUGCCUGUGGCCUUGCUACCCACUAUUGCCUAAAUGCUAGACUUGCUUGGAUCGAAGAACGCCUUGGUAACUUGAUGAAUGAUGAUCCCACUGUCAUAGAGUCUUCCCUUGCACAAUAUGGUCACCUUGUUUAUCCAGAUAGGACCAGUAUUCUUUACAGGAUUGACACAAUUGAUAAAUGUUUCAGUCAUGACACUGUUGAGGAAAUUAUUGAUUCUCUGGAAAAUGAGGCAGCUCAUGCUUAUGAUGAUUGGUGCAAGACAGUUCUCAGAAAAAUGAAAGAAGCCUCACCAUUGAGCUUGCAAGUUACUCUACGAUCAGUACGAGAAGGUAGAUUUCAAUCUCUUGAUCAGUGUCUGGCAAGGGAAUAUCGGAUGUCUCUUGCUGCGAUCUCCAAACGGGUCUCUAAUGAUUUUUCUGAGGGUGUUCGAGCUCGGUUAGUGGACAAGGAUUUUGCUCCCAAGUGGGACCCUCCAAGCCUGGAAGAUGUGAGUAAAGACAUGGUCGAGUACUAUUUCUCCCCACUUGGGGAAUUGGAGCCCGAGCUAGUGCUGCCAACUUCAUUGAGAGAACCUUAUAUCUGAGAAGGAUCUCUUUGUAGGGUAGGGGAACUAUCAAUUUUUUAUGGCAGACAAUUUUUGGUGUAUGGAUAAAUAAGACCAUAAGAUUUUGGCGUAUCAGUUUUUACAGCUACACUUUGUUGUGGGGUACACAGAGGUUAGAGAUUUAUUUUGUUAAUGAUAUUUAAAGUAGAUGAGAUUGUGCUCCAUUUUGAUACAUAUUGUCCACUUUCGAAUGACCAAGGAAAGACUAAUGUCUAUUAUGCUAUUUGAGUCUCUGUAACUUUCAAAGAUUCACAUGAUGCCAAAAGAUAGUGGAGUUGAUUUAGUU